AUGUCAACAUCAUCACAACAAGAACCUAAAAAUCACAUUUUCAAAACAAGAGAUUAUAGAGGAGCAACGAUAGAAGAUUUAGACUUACCACCAGCUAUAUCAAUAAAUCCAUCAACUUCAAUAAAAGAUGCUAUACAAAUUGGGUUUGAAUAUGAUUUUACUUUUUUACCUAUAAUUCAUGAAAUUAAUAAAAAAUUAUUAGGUGUAUUGAAUUUAGAUGAGAUAAAUAAUAAUUCUAAAAUAAACGGUAACGAAAAAGUGAUGAAAUAUAUGUAUUGGUUUAAUAAAUCAACUCAACGUAAAUAUCAAAAUAAUAAAGAACCAACAACUAAUUCCACAUCUUUAAAAACUACAAUUUUAAAACCAAAUACAGGGAAACGAUACUCUGUGUUGACUCCAUUUAGUCCAUUGGAAGAUUUAGCUAGUUUUUUUAAUAGAGAUAAUAAUUAUUUCGCUAUAAUAACAAAUGAUGAAGGAACGUUUGUAUAUGGAAUAGCUACACCAGAAGAUUUGAUAAAGUAUGAAAAAAGUCGACCUAAAUUAUAA